AUGCUGCGCCCUCUCCUUAGCUUAUAUUUUUUUGCUUCAGUCUCUGGCUUUGCACCCUACACCUGCUUUGACCGCAGCGGAACUGCACUUGGAGUCGCCAUAGACACUUCUGACAUCAAGAAUGGAUUGACCGUCGAAUUGGAUGGCGAGCCAUACAAGGUCCUAAGCUUCAGCAUCAUGAAGCAAGCUCGCGGAGCAGCAAAGACAACAAUCAAAUUCAAAAAUUUGAUCAAGGGCAACACAAUCGAGAACACCUAUAGAUCCGGAGAGAAGUUUGAGACUGCUUUAAUAGAGAAGAGCGCUCACCAAUACACAUACGAGGAUGGGAACGCAUUCUUUUUCAUGAACUCCCAAACUUUUGAAGAAGUUGCUGUCGAUUCCAAAGUAGUUGGUGAUGUGGUGGACUGGUUAGAGGAGGGCAUGGAAGUCCAACUUGUCUUUUUCAAUGAUGGUGUGAUCGAAGUGGUUGUUCCCCAAACUGGGGUAUACGAAAUCGCUGAAACUGAACCCAAUGUGAAGGGAAAUACUGCUCAAGGAUAUACAAAACCUGCUACACUAAGCUGUGGAGCAACCAUUAAUGUCCCUGGGUAUCUGGAACAAGGUGAAAUGAUCAAGGUAGACACUGAUAAGAGAGUCUUUUUAGAACGCGCAAGCAAGUAA